CGAUUGUUUCUUUACUCCUUACCAUUAUACAUAUUUCCUUUUCAAUAGACCAAAUAUCAUAUUUCUCGUAUCUCUUAACAAUAUGUUGACUCCUUUUCGUAGAGUUGCUGCAAAGCAAUUGGGAAAAUCAGGACAGACUGCGAUUGCCGGUAGACGCCAUCUACACGCCCCCGUGGCGUUUAACUGGCAAGACCCUUUGGGUGCCAACAACCUCUUCACUGAGGAUGAGUUGGCAAUUGCAGAGACUGCAGAGUCGUACUGCCAGGAGCGGAUGCUUCCUCGAGUGUUAGAGGCAUAUCGGAAAGAGGAUUUUGAUAGGAAGAUCUUGGAAGAGAUGGGAGAUCUGGGGUUCUUGGGCGCCACGAUUCAAGGCUACGGCUGUGCAGGUGUCAGCAGCGUUGCCUCGGGUCUCAUCACAAGGGCUGUAGAGAGGGUCGAUUCAGGAUAUCGAUCUGGAUACUCUGUCCAGAGUGCAUUGGCCAUGGGUGGCAUUGAAGAAUUCGGAUCAGAAGAGCUCAAAGAGAGGCUAUUGCCUCAGAUGGCUAAGGGAAAGUUGCUGGGAUGCUUUGGGUUGACUGAGCCAAACCAUGGAUCUGACCCAGGCUCUAUGGAAACGAUAGCUAAGCCCCACCCUUCGAAGAAAGGAUACUAUGUUCUUUCUGGCUCCAAGACUUGGAUCACCAACUCCCCCAUUGCAGACGUACUUUUGGUGUGGGCGAAGCUGGAGAGCACGGGCAAGAUUCGUGGAUUCGUUAUUGAGCGUGACCAAUGCCCACCCGGUACUCUCGAAACACCCGCCAUCAAGAACAAGAAUGGGCUGCGAGCUUCUAUAACAGGAAUGAUUCAAAUGGACGACUGUCCAGUCCCUGAAGCCAACAUGUUUCCGGAAGUUGAAGGACUUAGGGGUCCAUUCAGCUGCCUCAACAACGCGAGAUAUGGCAUUGCGUGGGGAACCAUGGGUGCGCUGGAAGACUGCAUUUCUCGAGCAAGAGAUUAUGCCCUAGAGCGAAAGCAAUUCAAGGGCAAUCCGAUUGCCAAGUAUCAGUUGGUCCAGAAGAAACUUGCGGAUGCGUCCACAGACGCUGCUUAUGGUAUUGUGGCAGCUGCACAGGUCGGAAGGCUGAAGGAUGAGGGCAAGGCAGCUCCGGAGAUGAUCUCAAUGAUCAAAAGGCAGAAUUGCGAUCGAGCUUUGGUGAAUGCACGGGCCUUGCAAGAGAUAUUCGGAGGCAACGCGGUGAGCGAUGAGUACGGAAUAGGGAGACAUGUGGCCAAUCUCUUCGUCACACAGACAUACGAGGGCCAGAGUGACAUCCAUUCUUUGAUUCUUGGAAGAGCAAUUACUGGCGUUCAGGCUUUCUGCUGAUAGCCCUAGUACUGUAUGUAGAUACAUAAAGCAUGCGUGAUUCCAUAGCAAAUAUGAUGGCAAAAAGCACCGUUGAGCAGAGCAC